UCCUCCACUCCUCCCUCCACAUGCACAAAGCAACAGGUCCAAAUCCUGUCCGUGCACAGCUCUGCAAAUCUUGUGUUCUCUGCUAACAAGGUCCUCAAUUACUGUCUUUGAAGAAUUGCUUGAUAAACUCAUAACCUGGAACAAUGAUAUUUCGGACAGUUGUAGCACAAGCUAAAAAGUACCCUGGCCUCAUCCCCCAGUUAUUCUUCAUCUGUCUGGGGCUAGGUGGCGCGUCUCUGUAUCUGUUACGGCUGGCCCGAUCACCCUAUGUUGUCUGGAACAGGACCAAGGACCCUGAGCCUUGGAAUAACCUCGACCCCACAUAUCAGUACAAGUUUGCAGCCAUCACCACAGAUUACAAAAACCUGAAGAGGGAGGGACCCAAGUUUUAGAUCUCAAAAUCAGGAGUGGAGAAGACGGAUCCAGCCCAGUUUCAUUCCCCUUCCUCAUGCACAUCAUCGCCAGUGGAAGGUGAAAUGUUUUCUGACAAGCUGGUAACAUCGUUAAUGUAGCUGAGAUUGUCAUUUAAUAAUUCUGAAAAGUUAGAGUAAGUUCCAUAUGUUACAUGUUUACAUUAAAGGUACAGUGUGUAACAAGUAGUGAGUCUACCGGUGAGACUGCAGAUUGGAACAAACAGAGGACUCUUCUUCACAUCACUCCCUUUCCCACGUGUGUCAAGGAACUACAGUAAUACCAGAAUAAAUGUUGAUCUUCCAUUUUAGUAUAGCUUGCAUUUCAAAAUGUGAAAUGUACACUCUGGCUGGUUUCUCCAUUUGGGCUGCUGUUGAAACUUGGCGACCUCCAUAAUGCAAGGCUAUUGCCUAAAGUACAUUAUGAAAAAGUUAUUCCAAAUAAGCAAGUAAACAUUAACACAAACUCACUUGUGGGUAGUAUAUUCAUAUAUUAUAGACCACUCUAAAUGUUACACACUGGACCUUUAAUAGCUCUAAAGUGGAGCAUGUGAAAACUGAAAAAGUUCCAUAAUGUAACAUUUCUUCAUUCAAAUCCACCAAGCAUACGGCAUAAUAUACAUAGUGUAGUAUGCACAUGCUCCCUUUAUGCCUGAACUUCCCUGCUGUGUUUUGCUUGCAUAGAUAAAAAUAUUUAGAUUUGGUCUAAAUCAAAGAGAUCACAAAUACAACACAGGUAUCUAUGUUGUUCACUACACUGCUAUGAUUUAGAAUUUUGAAAGCAUUUAUCUACUCCAGGCUGUUAUGUGCGGCUACAGGCGUCUGCUACAAUAUUCUUCCUGUCUGCGUUUCUUCAUAACUGUCACAUUUAACAGUUUAGCAUCCACUCAACUUGAGAGAUGGAAGAAUGGAGCUGAAUUUUUACAACAAAUAAACAUUUUAAUUCAC